AUCAAAUAUUUAUAUCAAUUUUAGAACUUUAAAAAACAGAAUCUUCACUUUUAUUUUAUUAACAAUAUAAUCUUUUUCAUCAAAUAUAUCACUUCCUUGAGUACGCUCAUGUACAAAACUUAUUUUGGCUAGAUGUUGACUGAAAUUAGUAAUAUGUAAUAUUACAUUUUUUAUCCCUUUUUUAUUUGAAGAAAUUAUAAUCAAAGAAAUAAAGUUUUAAUUUUUUUUGUUGUUUGUGAGAAAGGGGCAUUACAAUCGAAAAUAAUUCAUAAGUAACGGAAGAAUCAUCUGUUAUAAAAUACAUAUACAAAUUAACUAUAUCUGAACUUAUUACAUGUUUUAAAUUUUACCGCGCUGAUGUUUGAAUUUUCCCACUUUCUGUAACGAUUUAUGUUUCAUGCAGGUUACGACAGUUGUCAACAUGCUGAAAGUAUUUUCAUUGAUACCAAUCCGUUAAAUAUACAUGAGAAUUACUUGCAUCAACACAAAAUUCAGUUAAACAAUCAUGGACAAGGAUGAUGAGGAAAGACAAACAAAUUUAGGAGAUGAAAAACAAUUUUUGGUUUCUGUGGAGGAUACUCUAAAGACUGUCGAAAAAAGCAUCCACAAGUUUGUAACAGACGUCCCUCAAGCACUUGUUAAUUCUGGAUUAGAUAUAGAUUUAAAGAAACUAAAUAUAGAAGAUGGUCAAAAUAUUCAGGAUCUUAUUUCUUCAUUUCCAAAAUCAUUCACUGAUCAAAUAAAUAAGGAAGAGAAAGAGAAAAUUUCAGCCAUAGAACUAAAGUGUGAACAAUUGCACAGUCAACUCCAACAGCAAGUGGACAGAAACAAAAAGGCACAGGAAGAAAUAGAAUACCUAAGAGAACAAAUAUUGAAUCAAAGUACAUACUGUGCAACUUUGGGAGCAGUUUUAGGCAAUUUAACAUGGCGUGCAUCUCGCCUUCCAGAAAUUGUCGACGUUUGGCUUUCUGGGUUUCAGCACAUGAUCGGCGAAUUUUUAUCGAUAACAGACGGAAGUUUCGUCGCUUUUAUAAACACUUAUCGAAAUGCUUUCCCCCCCACAUGCAAAGUCGAAUAUCAGUUUAUAAUUGGCUUGUUAGGCAUUGUAUCAAAUAUAUCUGCAAUACCCGAGGGACGUGAAUUUUUAAUAACUGAUCCGAAUGGUAGAGCUUUUGUACAAAAAAUGAUGAAACUCAUGCCCACUUUGCCACUUUCGCAAGGUUCCUUAUCACUAAAGAGAUUAAUGCUGAUGACAUUUUAUAAUGUCAGUAUGAAUAAAACCGGGCUGCAGUAUCUUUUCGAGUCACGAGUAAGCGACGUGUUAAAUUGUUAUUUGAGGAACAAUUCGCUACCAGAUGAGACACAGUUCCUCUGUCUGCGCGUGUUGCAUUCGAUGACAUAUGGUUUAACGAAUCCCAAAUACAUUCAAGACUUAAUCACCACCCUACCGAUCAGCAAAAUAGAAGAUAUCGCUAUUUCGAACAAAAAUGAAAUGAGUACAGUCGCGAAACAAGUGAUAAAACAGUUGCGGGAUUCACAGAAAUUUAUUCGUAUGAAUUGAGCGCGUGACUAUCAGGAUUUUCUUCUCCAUUCGAUAAGCUCAAGUUGAAAUUUGUUAAUAACAAAGGAAUUUUUGUUUAUGUAACUAAUCUUUUAGAUUAAUGGGAAUUAAAAGAUUCUAUUUUACAAUUGCGUCGCUAUCAAACAACAGAAUAUAUCUUUAAAACGUGUUCGUGACUAGUCUGAGAACUGUCGAAUAUCGAUCUGCCUUAUACAGCUACAAAAUAAAAGCAAUUGUGCGGAAUAACAUACGGAAUAGUACAAAAUCGAUUAUGCACACGGUUGAAUAGUAAAACGUAAUCGGGCGCACAAGUAUUUUCUGAUUAAUUCAAAUAAUUACAAUACAAGUAGUUUUUAAUAGAAUAGACACGACGUUUAUUUACUUUAUGGAUUUACAUCUUAAAAAAACGGCGAUUAAACGCAAAGUAAGUAGUUUUUUUUUAAUUAAAGAUUUCAUUGAAAAUAUUAGAGUUAAGCUGAUUUAACGCAGAUAAUUGAUACAUAAUUGAUAAACAUGCUAUUCUAAAUUUCAUUGAGCAUCCACAGCCAACUCCAAAAGUUGCAAUAAAACUACAGUUAUCUGAUUUCUAAGAGACAAACUUUGAUCGCUUUGAACUCGUGUUCUUCUGUACUUCUGUUCCAAUAAAUCAAAUAAUUACACGAACGCUUUAAAUUGUAACUAUAGAAUCGUUUAAAAGUAGGUAAGUAUGUACCUGCAACUUUCUACCAACCAUGUAGGAUCAAUAUAUGACAAGAUCGAUACAUAUGGUAAGAUGUGGAUCGCGUUAUAUGUUUGUAAAUAAAUUAGUCUAAAUAUCAAAAUAAAAAUCCGAUUUUACUAAAAAGCAGAAAACAAAUUAUCUUCGUCGUUAAUCUUGCUACAUCCUUCGAGUCCAACAGAUUUCUUUUAUAUUUUCACAAAAAAAUUUCUUGAAUCCGACGAUUAUAUGAAUGGAUCUUUGAAAAUAACCGCGAUUCUUUGUUUCUAUUUUAUAUUAAAGAGAAAAAUUGGAAAACUGUUGUAUCGAAUUAACUGUCACAGAACGAAAUGUUGAUGUGAGUUAUGAUUCGCGAUAAGGAAAAUCUCAUUCAUUGAUUCUCGUGAGAAAUAAAAAAGAAAAAACGCGGCACGAGCAGAGAUAGUAACUCGAAAAAAUCUGUAUAUUUCAUUAUCCCGCAUGAAGAGAUAGACAAAAUUGGAAAAGAAUAGGGAAAAGGAGGACAGAGGUAGGACGAAAGGGCUAGAUAUAAGUGCAUGCAAUACCGACCAACUGUCGCGUCGAUAAUCGAGCUGC